AUGAGUGAAGAUAGUAUAACGUCAAAGAAAACAAGUAAACCACAAUCAUCCAGAAAAGGGAAGAAAGCAUGGAGAAAAAAUAUUGAUAUUGAAGAUCUUGAAAAGAAUUUACAAGACAAAAGAGAUGAAGAGAUUAUAUUAGGUAAAAAAGAAGAAGAUUUUAUAAUUGAUGAUAAACCAAGUAAUAUUGGACUUAAAUCAGUUAAAAAAUUAAAAUCUAAAGAGAUUUUAACUAAUAAAUCUAAAAUACCUGCUUUAGUUCAUGGUAAACAUCAAGAUAAAGACAAAAAGAAUACUAUUCAAGGUGUUAAAAAAACUGAUCUUUUAAGAUUAAUUAAAUUAAAUGGUGGUAAAUUUAAAAGUGAAGAUAAGUUGAUGAAUAGAAUAGAACAAGAUGGUCUUGUAAGUGGUUCUAGUAAAGAUUUAUGGGAUGAUAAUGAAGAAGAUGAAGAAGACAAUAAGAAAAUGCCAAAAUACAUUAAAUCUACUGCAGAAGUUACUAAAGCUAAAGUUGUUCCUAAAACAUUAAAGGAAACACCAAUUAAACUUAUUGAUAAUGAUUUAACUCAAAAGAAAAUUCAUGCUGGUAAAUCAUAUAAUCCAUCAUUGGAAUCUUGGAAAGAUUUGAUUAAUCAAGAAUAUGAUAUUGAAUAUAAACAAGAAUUAACUAGACAAAAAAUGGAAGAGCAUCGUAAAAUGAUUCAAAAAUUGGUUAGUACUUUAGAUGAUAUGGUUGUUGAUAACCAUGAUGACGAUGAUGAUGAAGAAGAGGAUCAAGAAGCUAAGGAAAAAGUAGGUGAAGAGAAGGAUUAUUCAUUAUCUGUGAAUAAACCAAACAAAUUCAAGAUCAAGACUAAAACUAAGAGAAAUAAGGAAUUGAAACAUAAAGAAAGAGUUAAAUUGGAACAAGAAAUCAAAGAUUUGAAAAAACAAUUGAAAGAUUUAUCCAACUUGGAAGAAAUUUUACAAAAAGAAGCUGAGAAGGAAGCUGCUAAACCAGAAUCCAAGAAACGUAAAAGAAGAGAAAAAUUAUUCAAACAUGAACUUAUAGAAACUCCAAUGGAAGUUAAAUUAUCUGAUGAGUUAAGUGGUAAUUUAAGAAACUUGAAACCAGAAGGUAACUUGUUUUAUGAUCAAAUGUUGAAUUUACAAUCUAGUGGUAAGGUUGAAUCAAGAGUUCCAGUUGCAAAGAGAAGAAAAUACCAAAAGAAAAUCACUGAAAAAUGGACCUACAAAGAUUUUAAAUAG